AUGGCAAAUUCGUGCCCGCUGUGCAAGACGGUUAUUGAGCCUGCCGAACGUGCCGAUGAGGCUUCCUCGGAGGUCUGUGAUUUGUUGGAUCUCGUGCCCGUCGGCACAGUGGCGCAGAUCCGGGUAUUAUCCGAUUUGGAAGCGGAUAGGCCACGGAUUUUGUUCGUGGACUGCGAGGGUAUGGUCAACGAGAUGGAACAUGCGAGCAGAACAACAACAACAACUUCUAUCCAACAUGUAGGUCGCUUCCCUACGUGCCUGCAGAAUAAUUCAACAAAGUACGCCGCUGUUCGAGUCUUUGCAAACCCCGAUUGCGAGAGUUUGAUGCGUAUGCUCCUCGGGGGAUUUUUUCACACGGAGGAGCCGACUAGUCAGUCUGGGUUCCUGUAUGCACCGAAACUUGACAAAUUCGUUAAAGUGUCUACAGAGACGUUUGCCCUAGUCCUAGCCAAUCUUGUCAUCAAACCCCAAAAUGGUUUCGGCAUUACGGUCUGCAACCGCACGAGUGUCUGGUUGCUGCAGAUGUUCUGCAUGUUGAACACGGACUACGCAGUCGGCGACAGGGUGAUUCCGCUCAUGCUACAUCUGGAACUAAAAGUUUACGGUGAUUCUGCCCUAUCCGAUCCGUCCAAGAUGACACCCGGAGACCAGUGUCUGUUGGCCGAAUUUGAGGCAACGAUAAAAACAUAUUGGUUUCAUCUGCAGUCGUCGUCAACGCCCCCGAACCGCGAUCUUGAUCCCGCCGACAUUCUGGCAGUGUACCGAUUACCCCGUGUCCCCUUUUCACCCGACCUCGAUUGCACGAUCUGCCAUGAUCACGCCCUGGACGAACACUCUGGUGUGACGCUGGAAUGUUCACACACGUUUCACCGCGUGUGCGCCCUAAAGUGGCUUGCCAAGGAAAAGUCUUGCCCGCGGUGCAAGACGAUCGUUGAGCGUACCGAUUCCCCCGAGACUACCACUACGGCCUGCAACUUGUUGGAUCUCGUACCUAGAGGCACACUAGCGCAGAUCCGAGUAUUUUCCGAAGCCGACAUCGAAUCGAAGGAAGUCGUGAAGCCACGGAUUUUAUUCGUGGAUCGCGAAGGUGAUGUUAUGGAAAUGGUCCACGCGAGCAGGACGACCGUUGGCUUCCUCCGACCGCUGGGCCGGUUCCCCACGUGCCUGCAGAAUAAUUCAACAAAGUACGCCGCUGUUCGAGUCUUUGCGAACCCCGAGUACGAGAAUCUGAUGCGGAUGCUCCUCGGUGAAUUUACUCACACGGAGGAGCCGACGAUCCAGUUUGGAUUUACGUUUUCCACUGAAACUGAUAGAUUCAUGAAAAUAUCCUCAGAGACGUUUGUGAAGUGCCAGUGUGUGCCGAUCGAGCCGUUUACAACGUACAUUUAG